CAGCUGAUUGUGCACACAUGCUUUAGUCUCGCUUUAAAUGUUGUCACAAAUUGUUUAAAUUAAAGGACAAUAGAAACUGGUUUAACAUGUCAAAACCAAUUACCUUUGUUACCGGUAACGCCAAGAAGCUGGAAGAAUUGGUUGCCAUCUUGGGUCCGAAUUUCCCGCGUACAAUUGUAUCCAAGAAGAUUGACCUUCCGGAAUUGCAAGGUGAUAUCGAUGAGAUUGCAAUCAAAAAGUGCAAGGAGGCAGCGCGUCAGGUGAAUGGUCCUGUACUUGUAGAGGACACCAGUCUGUGUUUCAAUGCUUUAGACGGUUUGCCGGGUCCGUACAUCAAGUGGUUCUUGGAGAAGUUACAGCCAGAGGGACUGCACCGCCUGCUCCAUGGCUGGGAGGACAAAUCCGCAAAGGCUAUCUGCACCUUUGGAUAUUGCGAUGGUGUGGAUGCAGAGCCUCUAAUCUUCAAGGGAAUCACCGAGGGCGUUAUCGUAGAGCCUCGUGGGCCCCGGGACUUUGGAUGGGAUCCCGUUUUCCAACCAAAAGGCUAUGAUAAGACCUAUGCAGAACUGCCUAAAUCGGAGAAGAACACCAUAUCCCAUCGUUAUCGCGCCUUGGCGCUGCUGCAGCAGCACUUCGAGAAGCAGGACAAGAUAAUAAACUAAGACUCAAUUUA